AUGUUCACAGUAUUUUUUCAAGAUCCUAUUCAAUUUAUAAAAGUGCUUGGAACUUUUGAAAGGUUGAAACAGCUGACAUUUGUACGGGAAGAGUUAAGACUUCAACCAAGUCAGCAUAACUUAGUUGCUCAGGAACAUCAAAAACUUUUAAUAAACUUGUAUCGUCAGUUAUUUGGAUUAAGCAGAUAUUACAAUAUAGAGAAUGACCUAACUGCUUCAGAGGUUAUUAAUUCGCUCUUGCAACAAUUCACUCCUGAUGAGCUUCUUGAUCAACUUCAAAGUCAUUUACCAUCUCCAGAUGACAUAAUUGCUCCACGAAAACCAAGUUAUCAUGAACUUUUUAAUGCACGUAUUUAUGAUGUUGGCACUUCACGAAGAGAUUAUAUCGCAUUAACUGGUUGUAUUCUGUGGGCUCCAUUAUGGUUUUGGUCAUUUUUACGACGAGCAUCGGGUUAUGAUAAUAGAUCUCAUAUAUUUGCUUUGAGGAUCCUUUUUGUAAUUUAUGCUUUUGUCGCAAUACAAUACCAAAUUCACAUAAUAGGUACAAUGGCUGUCUAUUCAUUGAUUUCCAUUCUUGGGUUUUCAGGAUAUAUAUAUGGAACGAUGGCGUUUAUCGGAUUCGAUUCACAAAAUUCACUGAUCCGUUGUAAAUUUGUUACUGGCUUACUUCUCUUAGCAUUUUCUGUACCUACAUACAUAUUUAACAAGAAUAUCUCUAAAUCAAAUUUGUUAGCACCUUUUGAGACUGGCAUAUUCUUUUUUUGUACCUUAACGUACCAUGUUGCAUUAUUGAUAGAUAGCAUUAAUUAUAAACAUUGGAAUCUAAUUUUAGAGAUUUUUUCAUAUGCAUUUACGUUAUGGUGUGGUACGGUAUACAAUGUUCAGUCGAUGAAAAGUAUUGGUGGGACAUUUCUGGUUUGGUGGUUUUUUGUUCAAUUGGGUAGAAUUAAUUGGCGAAAUGUCAGAAUGGUUUGGCUUAUGUUAUUACUUAGCAUUAUGUUGUGGAAGCUUUGUUAUAUUAUUCAGUCUUAUCCUGAUUACUUCUUUAAUAUCACUCGUAUUACUGGUAAAAUGUCAAACUAA